UUUGGAGGACAGCUCCAGUGGAUAGUUAUGCGCCAACGCCCCUUGGGGUCGGGAAUUGCCAGACACGUCCACGAGGUCGACGGAAGAAGUUCGUGCCAGCGACUGCCGAUCCGUGAGAAAUCAUUUGAUCGUCUCGCGAAUACCUAUACUACAGGCGCCUGUUGAUGGCAGACACUCCAGGGCCUCCGGAGGGCGAAGGCGCGGAAACUGAUGGCGCUGGCGGUGGCCGCAGAGCGCACUUUCAAACAGAGGGCGACGUUGAGCAGUCGCCCAAUGGCGUCGUCAAGAUCUCCAGCCCAAGACAAGACCCCACAUCCAAUGAAGAUAUCAGCCUCUCAAUGUCAUUCAGGUCAUCGUGCACAAAGUUCUCUGAUCUACAAACCUCGACGGAACGCGGCAAUCAACGAGUGGUGGCCUCUUCCAGAAACGCUCCACUUUCCCCAGUUCCUGAAGAUCUUCCUUUAGGCGACCACACAGACACAGGAGAAGGCACUAGAAAGAGAAGUGGCUGGAAACAAUAUUUAAAAAUUACGCUCCUGGCAAUUGUCUGGGCAAUUUUUACUGUCACUCUUAUGAUAACCAGUGAAAAAGAAAUCACAGUGCAUCAAAUCUCUAUUCCAGAAAAUGCAACAAGGACAUAUUGGAUAUUGGAUCAACCUCUGAGUGAUCAAUUAAGUAUCACCAUUCAAGGUGCUCUUCUUCCUGCUUAUUACAGCAACAUGUCUUCAAAAUCCCUCAGUGUUUGGGUUCAAGUAUUAGAAAAAAUAGAGAACGAGAAAUUUGUGCUUUCAAAUUCAUCCGUUUAUGACCAAUCUAUUUACUUCACAGAAAAUGUGAGUGAUGCUUGGAUUAUUCCACUAGUUUCAAGCAAAGAUUUGAUUGACUUUGUGCCUGAAGUAACAACCACAAAGAGAUUCCUUUUUAAAGGAAUAAAUUUUACAUGUAAAGAUCCAGAGGUCUUGGUAGCUCGAAUUCAAAUGAGUACUAAUAUGGAAGCAAGUUUUCCUGUAGCCCUUUCUUAUGAUCUUACACCUAUUGACACGUACAAAGGACAGAUUUAUGGAGGUGUAGUUUUGUUUGGGUUAUAUGGAUUGAUAAUAACUGAAACUGUGCACAGAGCAUUAGCAGCAAUUGUUGCAUCUACCAUGUCAGUAGCUAUUUUAGCAGCAAUGAAUGAAAGACCAACAAUGCAUGAAUUAGUCUCUUGGAUUGAUAUAGAAACUCUCCUCCUGCUAUUUUCCAUGAUGGUUCUUGUGGCAAUUCUAGCAGAAACUGGUAUUUUUGACUCCUUGGCAGUAUAUGCAUAUCAGAUUACAAAUGGGAGAGUAUGGCCUUUAGUGAAUACAUUAUGCCUUUUCACUGCUGCUCUUUCUUCAUUUUUGGAUAAUGUAACAACUGUGCUGCUUAUGACACCUGUGACAAUAAGACUGUGCGAGGUGACUGAAUUGAACCCAAUCCCUAUACUUAUGUCUAUGACUAUGUUUUCAAACAUUGGAGGGGCAUUAACACCUGUUGGGGAUCCUCCUAAUGCAAUUAUUGCAUCACAUCCUGACAUCAUAGCUGCUGGAAUAGACUUUGGUGUUUUCACCCUUCAUAUGGGAGUUGGAGUUUUCUUGGCCCUAAUAUCAAUUAAUAUCUUCUUGAGACUAAAAUUCAAAAACAUAAGUGAUUUAAGAUUCACUGAGCCACAAGAUAUUCAAGAACUAAGACAUGAAAUUGCAAUUUGGAAGAGAGCUGCAGCCUCUUUGUCUACUUAUUCAAAAGAUGAAGAUAUUGUUCGCCGAACACUUCUGCUGAGAGUGAGAAGAUUAACAACAGAUUUGAAACGCAAAUUGAAUAAUACUUACAAAGCUACUCUUGAAGAACUUAAAGCAAAGUACCCCAUUAGAGACAAAGUUCUUCUAAUAAAAUCAGGACUGGCAUUAUUUUUUGUCAUCCUCCUUUUCUUUCUGCAUUCUGUACCUCAACUAAAACUUUCUCUUGGGUGGACAGCUCUUUUAGGAGCAAUUCUGCUGCUGCUCUUAACUGCAGACAAUGAAAUUAUGGAAAGUGUUCUUAACCGAAUAGAAUGGGGUACUCUACUGUUCUUCGCAGCUCUUUUUGUAUUAAUGGAGGCAUUAUCUCGUUUGGGCUUAAUAGAUUUGGUGGGAUCACUGACCGAGAGAUUUGUUUUAAGUUUACCAGUUAAUGCAAGACUGAGUGGAUCAAUAAUUUUCAUUCUUGUCAUAUCAGCAAUUGCUUCAUCAUUUGUUGAUAAUAUUCCUCUUACCACCAUGAUGAUACGCAUCGUUACAUCGUUGGCACAAAAUACUGAUAUUAAUCUGCCCUUGCAGCCACUUGUAUGGGCUCUUGCUUUUGGGGCUUGUCUUGGAGGGAAUGGAACUCUCAUUGGUUCAUCAGCAAACAUGGUGUGUGCUGGAGUUGCAGAACAGCAUGGUUACAAAUUCACUUUCAUUCAAUAUUUUAAACUUGGUUUUCCUGUUACAACAAUUAGUGUUAUAGGAGCUGGCAUCUACCUCCUGAUUGCACAUGUUGUCUUCACAUGGCAUGAUCAGUGAUUUAUUGUGAAUGGUACUGUAUAUUUCAAAGUAUUUUAGCAAGAUCUUAGAGGCAGAAUCAAGUACAUAAUAAUAUUAAAAAUAUGUUAUGUACGGUUUACAAAAUUUUAGUAUUAAGCUAAGAAAUUAUAAUUUCAAAAAUGUAUUAAUGUAAAAGCAUUUUUCAUGUACUUAUUUUACAUUUAUUUUACCAAAUAUAUGUCUACAUGUAAAGAAUAUAAAAAUAAAUUUGCUCAAUUCUAAGAAAA